UGUGCAUGUGUUGUGUGUAUACUUGACGUUCGGGCGCUAUGGACCAAUGGCUGGCAAGUGGCACGAGGCAAUCAACUGGCAGUGCAGUACUACAGCCGAAUGCAAUAGGUUUAUUCGCCGCCACGCGCUUGGCAGCCGGACCCCCGCAGCAGUAGCAACACCGGACACUUGCUGCAUGUAUGCGCAAGUUUAUGGAAUCCCACAUGUGCACACACGCACACAUGCCAACCCGUACGGUUUUCACCUUUAGAUCGCUAUAGGGCUGAGCUAUUGCGACUCACUGGCGCAGUCCGUGCUGGUCUUUGUCGCCGAGUGUAUUAUUCAUCCCGACGAGCAGCCAGCUAAUCAUGAUCCCGUUCAUUUAUCGUCUCUGUCUGGCAGCGGCUCUAGCGGGCUCGGCAUUGAGCGCAUUACCUCCGUACAUCAAAGCCUGCAAGAGGAGCGAUCCAAACAUCAACGACUGCAUCACCAAUACGAUCGAGGGCCUGAGGGAAAAAUUGACCUACGGCAUCCCCGAGCUCGGGGCACCUGCCAUCGAGCCGCUCAAUCUCGACCAGAUUCGUCUGGUCCGUGGCCCCAACGGAGCUCGCCUUGACAUCAAUGUGACCGAUCUUAAGGUGUUUGGUCCAUCCAAGUUUAGAGUUCGAAACUUGAAAGCAGACACCGACAACGUCAAAUUCACUUUUAGGGUCAAUUUUAACAAAUUGUUCUUCAAAGGAAAGUACUCCAUUAAUGCCAGACUAUUGCUUCUGAGACUUUCUGGGGCUGGCGACUUAACAGGAAACUUUACCAAUUACGAAUCGGACGUAGAGCUGCGCGCCCAAAAAGUUUACCGAAACAAUGACACCUACUUGAACUUUGACCCGAUGAAACUGACCAUAACAGUUGGUUCGGCAAAACUUCACCUCAGUAAUUUGUUUGGUGGUGAUCCAAUUCUAGGGCCGGCCAGCAACGACUUGCUCAACAAUCACAAUGGCUUAUUUUUAGACGAAAUACGACCAGUAUUAGAAACUGCCUUAUCUGAUCUCUUGACGAAUGUAGCGAAUAAAAUCACCGAGUCGUUCACUUACAAUGAACUGUUUCCUUUGUGAUAAACUCGCAUCAGAGGAAACAUAGACUUUACGGAUUGAAAUGUCAUCGAACAUCGCCUGUAAUAUAGUCUUUUUUACUGUUACAUUUGUUAGUAUAAGUUGCCAUUGCUCUCGAAAGAGCUUCUCAAAAACAUUUAAAAAUAAACUCGUUUUUUACGUUUUCCACUUUAAUUUUUGCAAUCAUUACCACUAGCGAUACUACUGUCUCAAGUCUUGGAAUAUUUUCUUCUUAUG